GGGGGUCCCGUGGCGCACGAUGCGGGCGACGCCUCAUCUGAUGGAAACUGCUCCGCUGACACUUGAAAGAUGCAAUCACACUUCAGUUUUGGAGCUCGCAUUCAUGGCGGCUGCCGAUCCUUUCCGAUGCCGAGGGGUACAGGUACCGAGGGGUUUGUCAAUCCUGGAUCUGCUCAACUAUUUGAUUCAGACAGAUCAUGGAGGCUGGUUCUGAUAUUUUGCUUGGUGAAUUCUUCAAUGCACAAUUUGCAGUGGCUGCUGGUUAGGCCCCUUGAGUCAUUUCAGUCCUACAAUGUUCAAAAAAUAUGUGUAAACAAAAUUGAUGGCUUAAGUAGACCUGAAGUUCAAGGCGUUGUUUUGAAGAACGAUUGUUGCUGCCCGGCCGGUGUUGCCGAUGUUGAUAUUGAUGUAUGCUACUGUGUGCCGUUGAUUGUUCAUGCAUGACUUUUGGAAUUAUGUCUUUUAUCUUCCUUUUUAAAAUAAUUUGGAUGCGCGCAUCAUGGGUAUCUCGACUAGUUCUUGACAUUGUAUCGUGUAGAUGCCUCAUAUACUUGGUAUCAACUUAAUAUUCAUAUAUUACCCUUUAAC